GUUAGGGCUGGAGUCUACCUGGGCUGGCCUGAGGAUGCAACUGGUCUGCAUAGGUCUGGGGCCGUUUAUCAGGCCUAGAAUAACUGCCAAGGGCUAGCAAGUCUUAGAGCCCCCUAGGGGGUUGGGAUAUGCCCACCAGGGGAGGGCGUCAAAUAUUGAGAUGUGCUGAGGGUCUGGGGUCUCCAGGGUAUGGGUAGUGUCUAAUAAUGGGUGACAGGAGGCUGGGGGCAGUUAGAAGGACCUGGAACCAUCUAGGUGGCUUGAAUAUGACUGCAGGAAUGCAGUUUUUAUGCCUGGAGCAAAUUCAAAUGCCUUUCAGGUCGGAUCAGCUUGUGGCGAAUAAUACAGAAAGAGAAUGAGAAAAUUUUGCCCAGCUUAGAUAUACUUGCCCUUCAGAAAGUGAUUCAAAUGAAAAAUGUUUUAAAAUUCUGCAUUACCCUGGGGGUUAUUGAGAGAGUUAGAAUUAAUCUACUUUAGGCUGGAAGAGUCUGGAGGGUCAUCUAGACCCACUAUUACAGUGCUUUUCAAACCAUGUUGACCGUGAUCUGCAUUAAGAUACAUUUUUUCAUUAAGACCUAGUAUAGACAGUCAUAAUGUAUUUGACAUUAUAUAACAUAAUGUGUUAACAUUAACUCACCUUCCACAAAUUGACAUUUCCACUUACUACUUGCGAUGUGCUGCGAAGAACUAUUUUGUUCUAUUUACUUUUUAUAACAAGCUAUUUGUGAAGCACUAAACUGGUAUAUGACCCUGUUGUUGGGGAAACCACUGAUCCAGACAGGACCUAGCAGUAUCUGCAGAGCAUUCUUCUGUCCAAAAGAUCUAAGUAGCUGAGGGUGUGUCUGCAAAGCCUGGUGCUGUCUAAAUGAGCAAGCAAGCAUCUUUGUAUACUGCAGAGGGUUUGGGGAUCCCUGAGCCUAUAGUCAGCAGAUGUUGAUUAAGCUUCUCAUAUGUGACAGUCACUGUUCUAGGUAGCAUGUGCUUCCCCGGGAGGUGCUGGAGAACAGUCCCAGGGCCAGGAACUGCCCACGGGGCUGAGCAUAUUGAGUGUUGGUAAAAGAGGCUGGGAUGUAAUAGACUAUCAGGGUUGGGUGUGUCUUAGGAAGUUAGGAAUUAGGUGGACCUGGGAGGCUGAAUGUAGAGGCUUGGCAUGGUUUGAAAAUCUAUAUGGGAUGUAGAACAGGACCAGGGUCUUGUCUUUGCAAGAAUGCUGUGGGGGAAGCAGGGAGGCAGAUGUAGGGGAAACCUGAGCUUUAAGGGCUAAUAGUGUCAUUCCUGUUCAUCCGUAUUGAGCACUUGAGGUACUCUAACUGUGUGGCAGAAGUCAGGCUUUCAAUAUUCACAGCCAUUCUCUGAGAUAGAUACUCCUGUUUCGUGCAUUUACAAUUAAGCAUACUGAGUUGUGGGUUAGGGAUUUUGAAGCUUUCUAGGAAUUUUGAGAUUGGAUAUUGUCUUACGAGUAGCAGAUUUGACAGUCGUGGGGAAGCUUACAGCUGAAAUAUUCAUAUUUUUCUGAAGCCCUAAUCAAGACAUCCACCGUUUAAUGGAUGAUCUUUCAACUGCCUGACUGGGGAAUCGUAUCAAAGAAUUUCCAUGACAUUGCAAAGGCUUUGGGCAGAUGGCAAUAAGUAAAUGCCUCCUAUAAAGUUUCCCUUCAGCAUGCCUUUCUGAAGUUUAGCGUUUUCAUGUUAAAAAUGGCAUACUGGUUUUGCAGAUCACUCAGUGAAGUUUCCAACUUAGGUAUAUAAAUAAAAUUUGGGGGUUUUCCUCACCAUCGAGGACAGUUGAUGCUCUAGGAAGCUGUGUGGUGUUUGAGGCAUGGCGUUGAAUAUUGCCCAGCACAUUGGCCUUGGGAAAGGUGACCAUGGAGGAAGAAGAUGAGUCUCGAGGGAAGACGGAGGAGUCGGGCGAGGAUCGGGGCGAUGGUCCGCCAGACAGAGACCCCACACUUUCUCCUUCUGCCUUUAUCCUGCGAGCCAUCCAGCAGGCUGUGGGAAGCUCCCUGCAGGGGGACCUGCCCAAUGAUAAAGAUGGCUCUCGGUGUCAUGGCCUUCGAUGGCGGCGCUGCCGGAGUCCACGGUCAGAGCCCCGUUCCCAGGAAUCAGGGGGGACUGACACAGCUACUGUGAGUAAGAAGAGGGGGCUGGGGGCCUGACUCACGGGUAUUGGAGGAAGGGAUGGGUGCCUGAGUCUGAGAGAAUGGGGUUUGGGGACCUGGACUCCUGGCUCUGCGAUGCUGACCAGGGGCAAUGUUGGAGAGUCUGGGGGCCU